AUUGACUUUCCUGGUAUGUGGGGAAAAAACUUUUAUUUURUUUUUUCUCUCACAGAGGAUUCUAAGCUGAGACAUGUAGAAAAAGAUGUUUUGAUUCCGCAAAUAAUGAGAGAGAAGGCCAAGGAACUGUGUUCAGACAAAGUGCAAGCAUUUACUAAAUGCUGUAAAGAAACUGGUCUUCUUAUGGUGGUGAAGUGUCGGCAAGAGAACACAGCACUGAAGGAUUGUCUGGUUUCUUACUAUCAAGAUCCAGCUUUCUAUGAAGAAUGCAAAGCAGAAUAUUUGAAGCAAAGAGAAGAAUACAGAGCAACUGGAAUUAAGAAGAUAAAAAAGAAGCUUCCUUCAAAUGUGUAGUUGACUCUUACAACAAAGUUUUGAAAUUUUAUAUCAAGCUUUGAUUUGAACAAUUUAAAUAGACUUCUGAAAUCAUCUCUAGCCYCCCAGGUAGAAUUCAACUGAAAUAAGCAAAGUAGGAUGUAUGGAGAAUAAAAUGUCUGAAAUUAAAAGCCAAGAACAUUUAUGUAAUUAAAAGAAACAAAACAUGCUGUCAGUUUGUGACAUUACAAAGUCUGUCCCUCUCCCUGGGGACUUGAGAUUUUUAUGAUCCUUGUGUUCCAGAGAGUGUUACUGAUUUACAUGAUAUACAUGAUACGAGGCAGUCUGCAUAACUUACUUAAAUAAUUCACCCUUAAGUGGUUUUGGCACUGAUCACAAAUAGAUAUACCCUAAAAUCAUUCUGUUUWUCAUCUGAAGUUAAGGGUCUGUAGAGACAGCAUUCAACUGAACUGUCCCUGGGAGGAAGGAAUAUUAAGAAGUCCAUUCCCUGCCUGUUAAAGGAUACCAAGAUGAUGCUAAAACUCAGUAAGUGGUGGUGUCUUCCUACAGCAAAAGAUGAACGGGCAGAAGAUCAGACCAGAGGUCAUGCUUUAAAAAAAAGACAGAGCAAAAUGCAUGCAGAAGGUGUCAUCAGCACUUGAAACAUGUCGCAUUGCUCAAUUUCUACUUACUUGGAACAGCUUGAUGUCCUCUUGCUACAGGACCGAGAUGGCAAGUUGCACAAGAGCUUCUUGGACCACUUGGCUUCAUCUGGUUUUGGUUAGAGCAGUGAGAGCAGCUGGUAGCACCACGUGAGCCUCACUCAAGUGUCCGUGGUGCCCGUGCAGGGCGCCUGACUGGCUCCUUGGACCCCAGAAGAAAAACAAGUCUGUGAUGUAGACCCAGAGCCCAGGGAGGGGGAAUCCUCCCCCUCUUUCCCCUUUGAGAAGCAAGAGCAUUAUACCAACUUCUGCACUUSAGCUGUGAAUGACCACACUGGCAAAACUGUCUGGUGCAGUGAUGAGUAAACAACAACUCAACUACGUAUGUAAGGUGAACCUCAGAUCUUAAAUAUCGAGUAACAAUUCAGUGUUACACAAACUAGAGCAUGCAAGCAAGACUCUAUUUUUAAAAAAGUCAGUGUCUUUUGUAUAUUGUCACUUGAAGCAGCUUAAUUUUAGAAUUCCCAAAUACCAGUAAAUGGUUUCACUGGAGAUUGCACUUAAAACUCUGCUGUUCUAGGGUAUCUUUUGAAGUGUUUUGAAAUGAGUAAGGAAUUUCUUCAUAAAUGAAGGAAAGAAUGUGUUCACUUAUGACAGUUACUUACAUGGUUGCUUUCGUGCUCUGAGAAGAAAAAUACAUUAGUCUGAGCAUAUGGUAGCAUGUUACAUUUUCAUCAAAAAUAUG